AUGAAUCAGCAACAACAACAACCAGGAUGCAAUCCCGUCGACAGCGUCAGUGAAAAUAGCACCAAAAGAUUAAAAGUGGACCCCACAACUAACAGCAACACCAACGUACAAUUCCCUAAUUGUCAAACUACAGCUAAGUUAGGCAACGUUAGUGAUGUUAGUAAAAGUAAAAUGAUUGGCACCCACAAUGGAACCUUCCACUGUGAUGAUGUUUUUGCCUGCUACAUGCUGAAACAACUUGAUCAGUAUAAAGAUGCCUGUAUAAUUAGGACAAGAGAUUCAGUCAAAUUAGAUGAAUGUGACAUUGUUGUCGAUGUGGGGGGCGUUUUUGAUAGUGCCAAAUUGAGAUUUGAUCAUCAUCAGAGAUCAUUCAAUGAAUCCCUAUCGACCAUAAACCCUAGCAAAAAAUGGAAGACAAAACUUAGCAGUGCUGGUUUGAUUUAUGCUAAAUUUGGCCUACAAGUUAUAAAUAGCAUCAUUAAUAAACAUAAGCUAAUUAAUAUUCAUGAAGAAGAAAAUUCCGUCUGUGGAACUGGUAAUGAUACUUUUGGUAGUGGCGGUGAUGAUAAUGAUGGGGAUAAAUUAGAAAUUUUUUAUGAUCUUUUGUAUGAGUCGUUCGUUGAGGCCAUAGAUGCUAUUGAUAAUGGGAUCAAUGUUUCUGAAGGACCUGCAAGAUACACCAUCAGUACUGAUCUAAGCUCUAGAGUUUCAUAUCUCAACACGAAUUGGUGCGACCCGGAUGGACAGAAGGAAGAAGUUAUUUACAAACAGUUUGAGAAAGCAAUGGCUAUGGUUGGUAGUGAGUUCGACGAUAGGAUCACCUACUUGAAUGGUGUGUGGUGGCCAGCUAGGAUGAUUGUUAAGAAGGCUUUGGAAGAAAGGUUUCAAAUUCAUCCGAGUGGCGAGAUAAUGAUGUUUGGUGAUGGUUCCUGUCCGUGGAAGGAUCAUUUGAGAAUGUUGGAACAGGAAGAGGAAAUGGAUGAAGACGGACUAAAAGAUAAAAGUAACAGUGCGUCCAGAUUAGUUAAGUAUGUCCUCUACCCUGAUCUGAAUGGUUCUUGGAGGAUCCAAUGCGUACCUUUGUCUAGGAAUUCAUUCGACAAUCGUCUCUCACUACCAAAAUCAUGGCGGGGACUGCGAGAUGAGGAGUUAUCAAAGAUCACAAAUAUUGCCGGAUGUAUUUUUGUGCACGCUUCCGGUUUUAUUGGCGGGAACAAAACUCAAGAUGGCGUCCGAAAGAUGGCGGAAGAGGCGCUGAAGGCAAGGGAUGAUGAAGAGAAAGAAAAGUUGACGAUAAAAGGAUAAAUGAAUGAAUGAAUUUAUUGGCUGAUAUUAAACUAAAAAAAAUCAUGAUUGAUUGAUCGAUUGGAUUGUUGGAUCGACUGAAAAAUGACCUUAUAAUAUUUUAUAAAUAAAAGAUAAUAAUAUCA